CCCGUCCAUUCACCUAAUUCUCUCAAGUCUCACCACACUCACUCUCUCAAAUCAGUAACACAGUAGAUAACAAUGGCGCCGAUCGCAGUAGGUGACGUUAUCCCCGAUGGUACCCUCGCAUACUUCGACGAUCAGGAUCAGCUCCAGAGCGUCUCCGUCCACACGCUCGCUGCCGGCAAGAAGGUCGUCCUUUUCGCCGUUCCCGGCGCCUUCACUCCCACCUGCAGCAUGAAGCACGUGCCGGGGUUCAUUGAGAAGGCGGAUGAAUUGAAAUCCAAGGGCGUCGAAGAAAUCUUGUGCGUCAGUGUGAAUGAUCCAUUUGUGAUGAAGGCUUGGGCUAAGACUUACCCCGACAACAAGCAUGUCAAGUUCCUGGCCGAUGGCUCGAGAACUUACACUAAGGCCCUCGGCGUUGAGCUCGAUCUCAGUGACAAGGGGCUCGGCAUUCGGUCCAGGAGGUUCGCCCUUUUGGUCGAGGAUCUUAAGGUUAAGGCUGCCAAUAUUGAGUCAGGAGGUGAGUUCACCGUCUCUAGCGCGGAUGAUAUCCUCCAGGCUCUUUAAUUUGCUUCUCCCAAUUACUUUCUUAAAAAUGUAGCGCUCUCAAAUUCCUGUCUUGGUAUGAAAUAAGAGUUGUGUUGUUGCAUUUGUUCUCAGUUGUUGAGAUCACUUUGCAGCUUGUUGGAGUGUUAUUACAGUGUUAUCAAAUCAUCAGCUUAAUUCUAACAGUAGAUGAUUAUAUAUCAGCCUUUCAAUCUAA